AUGAGUAGAAAAGGAGUUAUAGCCAAAAGAGUGAAGACUGCUCCAGACGGCUCUAUCGAGAAUCAGCGCCCAACCGCGCAGUCCGGCUGGCCGAGGAACGAAUGUUCCGCGCUCGGCCAAAACUGUGUCCGUCCGUCUGAAGUCUCGGCCAAAGUCCAACCGCUCGGCCGAUCACGCAUCACGACCCGGGAAACAUUAAGCCCGCGGUCGGCCAAGCCACAACCGCCACGCCACGCCGCGCACGACCAAGCGCGCGAGCCGGGAAGUAAAGCCUCGCGGCCGCGCAACUCGUCUCACGUACCACGGCCGAUGCAUCCGUCCGAGCCGGGAAACUCCCGCGUCCGGCCGAGAAACCAUCGGCCAAUUCCAUCCGUCCGACCACGCCGGCCGACCGAAUCAUCCGGCCACGACCGUUCCGACUCGGCCCAAGACCCGACUGUCCGGCCGACCGUCCCGACCGACCGUCCGAACGCCGCGGUCGACCCGAAGCCGUUUUUGAAGCCCAAUCCGCACAAUUCAAGCCCAAAGCCGGCGCCGACCUAG